UUUUUUUUUUUUAAAAAAAUCUUUAUUCUAUAAUUAUUAACAAUGACAAAAUGGAAAUGGAGUUUAUUAACUCUUUUAUUCCUUUUCUUUAAAUGUAUAUUUUGUAAUGAACAAGUAGAGGGCUUUUUUAGUUCAAGUGGUCAUACAAAUAACUGGGCAGUACUGGUAUGCACAUCUCGUUUCUGGUUUAAUUAUCGUCAUGUAGCAAACACAUUAUCUAUAUAUCGCACAGUAAAACGACUUGGCAUUCCAGAUUCUAAUAUCAUUCUCAUGUUAGCUGACGACGUCUCUUGUAAUCCACGUAAUAAAUAUCCAGCAACUGUUUACAAUAAUGCAAACCGUUUAUUGGAUUUAUAUGGUGAUAACGUAGAAGUAGACUAUAGAGGAUACGAAGUAACAGUAGAGAACUUUAUUCGUAUGCUAACAGGUCGAGUAUCGCCUGAUACACCUCGUUCAAAAAGAUUAUUAUCAGAUGAUCGAUCAAACAUUCUUGUAUACAUGACAGGCCAUGGAGGUGAUGAAUUCCUUAAAUUUCAAGAUGCAGAGGAGAUUAGUGCAUAUGAUUUAGCAGAUGCCUUUAAACAAAUGUCUGAAAAGAAACGAUACAAUGAAAUUCUUUUUAUGAUCGAUACUUGUCAAGCCAACACAAUGUAUAGUAAAAUCAACUCAACUAAUAUUCUAGCUACCGGAAGUAGUCGUCUAGAUGAAAGUUCUUAUUCUCAUCACACAGAUUAUGAUAUUGGCGUUGCCGUUAUUGAUAGUUUUACGUAUUAUAACUUGGAAUUUCUUGAAAACAUUGAUAUGACAAGUAACAAGACGUUACAAGAGUUGGUAUGAAGACAGAGAGGGAAGGCUUUAUAAAUACAGUUUUAUUAAUAACUCAUUCUUUGUAGUUUAAUACAUAUGAUCCUGUCAAGAUUGCCUCUCAUCCUGGUAUUCGUUCUGACUUAUUCAAUCGUCCUCUUGAUAAAGUCAAAGUAACUGAUUUUUUUGGAAAUGUUCAAAAUGUAGAAUUAACAAGAAGUCGAUACCCUCUUAUUGAAGAAGAAACAGUUAUUGAAGAAGAACAUAAGCAUAGAAUGCCUUAUAGGAAUCAUUCAGGAGACCAGCAUCUUUAUCAUUCAUUUUUAGUUGAGAGAUCCAAUUUUAAUAAUUGGACACCAUUUAUUUUUGGUAUAUUAUCAACAGUCAUGAUUGGAUAUAUUGCAAUGAAAACAGUUAUGUAAUAAAACAGUGUAUUUUAAAUAAUUUGAUAUUAGUAUCAUUUUAUUAUAGACCUGGAUAGAUUCCUAUAUUCAAC